AUGACGAUACCCGAGCUGCCAAAGGAUUUGAUAGAGGAGAUACUCUGUUACGUUCCGGCGACAUAUCUGAAACGAUUACGUUCUACUUGCAAAGGAUGGAACCGUUUAUUCAAAGAUGAUCGAAGAUUCGCCAAAAAGCAUUAUGACAAAGCCGCAAAGCAGUUUCUACCCCUCAUGUCAACCAACGAAGAGCUUUGUGCGAUGAGCGUCAAUCUCCAUGGAACGAUACCAUCUUUAGAGGUAAAAGAUAAGCCUUGGCUAUUCGUUUCAGAUUCUAAGCAUUGUGAUAUCGAAAUAUCUCGAAUCUUUCACAGUGGCGGCUUGUUGUUAUGCUUCUCCCGAGACGGCGAAAUUUCAAUCAUAGUUUGGAACCCGUUAACUAGUGAAACCAGGUUGAUUCGAACCCGGAAUCGUCGCGAUAAAGGACGCAACUUUGUUCUUGGAUACUAUCAAGAAGACAAAAAAACCUACUACAAAAUCUUGAGCUUUUAUCUUGAUAGCAAAGAUUUCGAAAUCUUCGAGUUUAACUCUGAUUCAUGGAGGUUUAUUGAUGAUAUCUGUCCAGGCUUGUCCUUGCUAUACUCUGAUCAAUGCGUGUCUUUGAAGGGAAAUACAUACAUGUUUGCUAUAGAUGACUUAAGUGUAUCCUUGCUCAAAUAUGAUUUUUCAACAGAGACAUCUGUUCCUGUACCUCUUCCCUAUAAAAGUCGUUCUUUUGAAGCUAUUAGUCUUUCCGUGGUUAGAGAAGAGAAGCUCUCUGUGUUAUUACAGCGAGAUAAAAGUUCGAAAACUGAGAUAUGGGUGACAAAUGUGAUUGAUGAAACCACCACCAAAGUGAUGGUGGUGUCGUGGAGCAAGGUCUUAUCAUUGGAUUUGAGCCCUGAUCUUAAAAUUAGGUAUGGAGAAAGUUUCUUGCUGGACGAAGAGAAGAAAGUGAUCAUGAUUUUUAAUAACCGGAUGGAAGAAGAGAACAAAUCCGAAGACAAACUAUACAUUAUUGGGGACGACGAUAAUAAAGCCACACAAGUAUAUACAAUCCAUGGAUAUGGACCAGCUGUUUUUAACUAUUUUCCAAGUUUGGUUCAAAUCGAGCAAAGCUCUAGGCAAGAGGAAAAGAGUUGA